AUGCUCCAUAAUCAUGUUCAUUUGCACUUUCAGACACCAGCCUAUGAGGAUGGUAACGUGCUUCUGUUUGGAGCUGAAUCAAUUGCGCUCCAUUUGAGCAAUCAACUCAAAGCACAAAACUGCUCCGAAGUAAUUCAGUGGUUGCAAUAUGCCGAAGGUCAUCUUCUACCAAGUGUGCUAGGUUUUGUCUUACCAAGUGUAUCAGCCGCACAUGUGGAUCAUAAAGUGUUAGAAGGUGCCAAGAAUGAACUGUUGGCACAAUUGAAAGGUCUCGAUUCAGUACUUCUCACACGAACAUACCUGAUUGGUGAACGUAUUUCAAUUGCUGACAUAUCGUUAGCGCUUGACUUGCUACCAGCCUAUCAGUACGUGUUGGAUAGUGGAAUGCGUGCCCCAUUGACGAACGUGAAUCGUUGGAUGAAAACGAUCUUAAAUCAACCAUUCGUGAAGGAUGUUCUCGGAGAGGUGGAAUUCGCCACACAAACCGCUAAAUUUGACAAUGCAAAAUUCAAGGAACUCUCAGCAAAACUACAGAAGGAGCGUCCACACUCAGUGCACAAAGAUGCCGGAAAGAAGGGGAAAGGAGAGAAGAAAGAGCAGCCAAAACCUCAGCAACAAGCCAAGAAGCCAGCUGCCGAAGAAAUGGAUGCAACCGAGGAGGCGAUAGCAACUGAGCCGAAAGGAGCUGAUCCAUUUGCGGGUAUGCCAAAAGGGAAGUUUGUAAUGGAUGCAUUCAAGCGAGUCUAUUCGAAUGAAGACACAGCGACGAAAGCCAUCCCGUAUUUCUGGGAGAACUUCGAUCCUGAGCAUUAUUCGAUUUGGUAUGCCGAAUAUAAGUUCCCUAAGGAGUUGACGCUCGCCUUUAUGAGUUGCAAUCUGAUUGGAGGAAUGUUCCAAAGAUUGGAGAAAUUGAAGAAACAUGCCUUCGGAUCUGUAUGUCUAUUCGGAACAGACAACAACUCGUCAAUUUCCGGCAUAUGGGUUUGGCCCGGUCAACAACUUGCGUUCCCACUCUCACCUGAUUGGCAGAUUGAUUAUGAGAGUUAUGAUUGGAAGAAGUUGGACCCUUCAGAUGAAGCCACAAGGAAGUUGGUUAAUGAAUAUUUGAUGUGGGAAGGUGAAUUCGAUGGCAAGAAAUUCAAUCAAGGAAAAAUAUUCAAAUAAAUAUCGAUUGAAGAAAGUUCUUUGAAUGAUUUUUAAGGUUGAUUAAUUGGUUUCACUGUCUCGUUUGAGUUGAUUGCUUAUAUUUAUUCAAUUGGUUGGUUGUUACUUUGUUGUUGGAUUCUAAUAAAGUUUUU